UUUGCGCAUGAGCAGCAUAUGUUGCUACAUCGAAGGGGCUUUGUGUUCCAACAUCAACAUUUCCUCGUUUUUCUUCCACAUUUCUACAAUCGACAGCACGAAAUUGCCAUGGCAUCACGUGCAGGCCCAAGAGCUGCAGGGACUAAUGGAAGUGACUAUAAACACAGAGAGAAAGCAUCCCACUAUCAGAUGAGUGCUUCACUAAAAUCAGAGAUAAAGAAGCUCACCGUCAUCCAUGUCUUCGUAUGGUUGCUGGUGGCAGCUCAGGUAGCUGUCAGUCAUCUCAAUCUGGUAUCACACGACUUGGUGGCCUUGCCCUAUCAGUGGGAGUAUCCAUACCUUUUGAGUCUUCUGCCUUCAUUGAUCGGAGCACUCGCCAUGCCAAAGAACAACAUCAGCUACCUGGUGAUCUCAAUGAUCAGUGCCGGUUUGUUCUCAGUGGCACCCUUGAUUUUUGGUGCAAUGGAAAUGUUUCCACUGGCCCAACAGCUAUACAGGCAUGGCAAGGCCUACCGUUUUAUUUUUGGCUUCUCGGCUGUUUCUGUGAUGUAUCUGCUCAUGGUAAUCGCUAUUCAGAUACACGCUUGGCAAAUCUACUACAGCAAGAAGCUACUGGAUGCGUGGUUUAAUUCAACACAAGAGAAGAAGAAGAAAUAAACAUGUUAUUGAGGAGGACUUGCUUUACAUAUCAUUACAUUUUACAUAUCUAAUUCUGCCUCAGUUUAUACUGUAAGUUGCAUGAGAAUAUUUAUGUUUAAUUUAAAUAUAGUUUUAUUUAAGUUAAAUAUAUUUGUAAUCCAACAAAGCAUACCUUAAUGUUCAUAUUUACUUUUACAUGUUUAAAUGAUCUCGCCCCUUAAAUAUACUUUUUUUUCCAAAUGAUAUUUUUCACAUAUUAUUAAUGUUUAACAUUUAAAUUAUUUAAUUUGGUUUAAUUUAACAAUUGUUUCUUCUGGAGGUCUAAUCCCCCAUACA